AUGGAGUCCAACAAUGAAGGUAAGGAGGAUGCUCUUCCGGUUCCUCCUGAUUUGAAAGACGCCAAGAACAGUCCAAAACGAGCGGGAAAGGAUGUUGCCAACUUUCUGUUUCAAACCGAACGAGGUCUUUCCUUCUUGGAAGAGUCCAAUCCAACAAUCAAUAGUAUUCCUUCCGUGGACGAAACAACACAGAACGAUAUAUCAUCACCUAUCAGCAGCAACAAGGAGAACCAUGGUUCCUCAACAUCUGUCAAGAGCCCCAGCAACAACAACAAAAAGAAGAGAACCCCAUGGUUGACAUUGUCUCCGUCGAGUCGUCGCAAAACCAAACAAGCUCCAGCAAUUCCCCAGGAGAGUGCACCACCACCACCACCCACCAAAAGGAAGCAGCCACGAGAAGUGAUUGAAAUCAUUACCGUCGCAGAAGGAAUUGAAGCUGUCAAAAUGGCCGAACAACGCGACUUUUCCCGUACAUUUUCCUUUGAAGUCAUGGAGGAUCUUUCGGAAGGAGACGCCACGCCCACGACCAAUAACAAUAGCAGCAAUAGUCGAUUACAAACGACAACCGAAGAAGAAGGAGUAGAAGUGGAACGAAGAAACCCAUUUGAAGAUCCAGAGCUGAUCCAAAAAUAUCAACAUACAUCAACAACAACAACACAAGAAGAAGAACACAACAACAGUGACAAACCCAAGUGGUGGAAAAAGGCACCCCAAAUUGUACUUUCUCCGUUUCGAAAAAACAACAAGAAAAAGACAGACGAAACCACACGUGGUACUCCAGCAGAAGAGGAAGACGCUCCCACCACCAACCAUUUCGUGUUGGAAAGUGCCCCGGAACCAAAACACAUCGUAGAAGAGGAGGAAGAAGAAGAAGAAGCAAAGGAAGAAAUACAACAAGAAGUCAGGGUGGAAGAAAUGUUUCCAUUUCAUCACCAAACUGACAAUGACACUACUAUACCCCAAAAGGCAAUGGUCAUGAUGAUGGAUGACAGUGAUACAGAGUAUCAUGCAACAACCACACAAACAACAGCAAACAGUCCCUCAACCACCACCACACAAAAACAAUGGAUUGCAUCCGUGGCAUUGAGCAGCAUUCUGGUUUGUUUGCUAACAUUACGAUACAUUCCAACUUUUGAUACUCUCUGUGGUCCCGUCAUGCAUGGGACGACGUUGGACCUUACAAAUCUACAUGUACAAUCCGAACAACAACAAUCCUUGUUGCAAGCACCUUGGUGGGGAGGAAACGAACAAGUUUUUUCCUUGGUCUGCGGGGUACAACGUCCACGGAUUCAACUGGAAUGGAAACCACACACCCAAAAGACAGGACGACUCGUACUGACUGAUUUAGAUGACGCAAAGAAGACAAAUGUCCUGCUGGACAAGAAGAAUCUGGUCUCGGUAGAAAUUGGUCUGAGCGGUGGGACGUCAUCAUCAUCAUCAUCAUCAUCGUCAAAACCCAUCAUUACGGCAAUCGACAAGGGCGGGAAGAGCCACGUUCUUCCCGCACCAUGGUAG